AUGAGAUAUAAAGGGCCGUAUCCGUCUCAAAAGAUAGUGUCCAAGUUCAACUUUCAUGAUGAUAAAAAACGAGUAAAAAAAAAAGUUCUCCUUCCCUCUCAAGUCAGGAGCUACUCACCCCCACAAUCCUUCCAGUGUGCGCGCCAGGGAAACUUUUACGUUUCAUUAAAAGGAGACGGUACAUAUGAUACAAUCAGCAAGCUGGUCUUCAUCGCGACCAGAUUCGAAAACGAACAAACGCUUGGCUGCGAGGCAAGCAACGAGAUCAUGGUAGAACGAAAAGAGGAACCGAUGAGAGAAAUACUUACGCUGGAGGUCUUAUAACAUAACAGUGAACAUAAGAGGAAAUCACCGCUCAACAUUAAGCCCUGCAGUACACCAGACCCCAAAAUUCCAUUCUUGAAGGGGGAGUGCCCCAGGUGGGUCCCUCCCACGGGUCUCACGGCCCCCUCCUUAUCUCAGCCCGUCCAUAUUAUACUAUCGAUAGUACGCCUAAUCGAUUCGACGCGCUCCUCCUCCCUUUCCCUCCCCAACAGUCAUCGAUAUUGUACAGCUGCUACUAUCGUGGUCGCUAAUGGUCCAGGUCUUGCCUCCUGUUAAUGAACAUGGCCUCCUCUAUCUGUGACUUUAUGAUCUAGCGCUUUGUUCCCAAGUUCUAAGCCUAAACCUAAUGGCGCAAAGUUUUGCCAUAUAUAUUUCCACUGCAUAUAUUUUUACAAUCUCAUUUCCACU